UUUAUUUAGUUAUUAAAAAUGGAUGAGGUUCUUUUAGAAAGUUUAACUUCAAAAUUUAGUGAAUUAUUUAAGAACAUUUAAAGUUUAUAAGAGAAGAGAGAGACAGUGUAAGAUGAGAAUGAACAUUUAAAGCAAUUAAUUUAAGAAGAGUAGGAUUAAUUAGAAAUGCAUUCGGGAGAGUCUUCUGAUGAUGAAGCAGCUUUCUUAGAAAUUGAGGGAAUGUAUAGAUAGAAAUUAGAAGCAAAAAAAGAAUCUGAUAUGUAAAUGAAAGAAGAAAAUAAUUUGAAAAGUCAAUUAGUAUAAUGUAUGUUAUUUAAAUUUAGUAUAUGCAUCUUGAGAGUAUUUAAAAUGAAAUUAUAUAAAUGAGAAGCAGUAUAGAAUAGUCAAAAGAAUCAGAAGCUGAUUUAUAAUAAAGAAUUGAGGAAACAACACAAAAAAUUGAUGAUUAUCAAAAUAAAAUAUAAAGAGCUGAACAAAUCAAAAUUCAAGUAGAGAAAUAAUUAUAGGAAGUAUAAUGGCUUUUCUAAUAUUAAGCAAAAUGAAAAGUAUUUAUAAGAUAGCGAAAAAGUUAAAGCUGUUCAAUCUGAAGUCAGAAACUAAUUGCAAGCCAAUGCUAUGGGAGAUAAAAGAUAAAAUGAACUUGAAAAGAUUAUACAAAAAUAAUGGGAAGAAUUAUAAAAAAGAGUAAUCCAUAUUUUACAUUUAUAUAUAGACUUAAAGAAUAUAAGUAUUACAAAACAAUAUGAAUAUCAUUUCAACCAAAAUACAAAAAUCAUAAAAGAGUGAACAUAUUUAUUAAAAAUUAAAAGAUGAAAACACUAUCUUAGCUUAAGAAAAUAUUUAAAUUAGAGAAAAAUUAAAUUAAUUAAUAACUGCAUUGCCUUAACAUAUGAAAAAAGGAAGUGUUAAAGGAAAGUAAAAAAAUAAAAAAGAAUUUUUGGAACUUUAUGAUGAAUCUAUUUGUUCAAAUUAAAUUAAACUAAGACAUCUAGAAUAAAUAAGAGAAGAACAUUAAUAAAAUAUUAAUACUUUACAUGUAAUCUAUUAAUCUAUUUUUUAGACUGAAAUACUUUAAUUGGAAGAAAAAUACAAUUAAAUGACACAAAAUGUUAAGAAUCUUUAAGAGUAAUAUCUAGAAAUCGAAUCAACUUGUAGAGAAUUUAAUGAAGAAGAGUAUGUCAAGAAGAAUUGCCCAAAUUAUUAUAAAGUUAAAAAGGGAAAAUGAUAAUUUUAAUCAUUAUUUUUAUUAAUUUUUUACAAUCUUCAAUAAUUUANUGAGGUUCUUUUAGAAAGUUUAACUUCAAAAUUUAGUGAAUUAUUUAAGAACAUUUAAAGUUUAUAAGAGAAGAGAGAGACAGUGUAAGAUGAGAAUGAACAUUUAAAGCAAUUAAUUUAAGAAGAGUAGGAUUAAUUAGAAAUGCAUUCGGGAGAGUCUUCUGAUGAUGAAGCAGCUUUCUUAGAAAUUGAGGGAAUGUAUAGAUAGAAAUUAGAAGCAAAAAAAGAAUCUGAUAUGUAAAUGAAAGAAGAAAAUAAUUUGAAAAGUCAAUUAGUAUAAUGUAUGUUAUUUAAAUUUAGUAUAUGCAUCUUGAGAGUAUUUAAAAUGAAAUUAUAUAAAUGAGAAGCAGUAUAGAAUAGUCAAAAGAAUCAGAAGCUGAUUUAUAAUAAAGAAUUGAGGAAACAACACAAAAAAUUGAUGAUUAUCAAAAUAAAAUAUAAAGAGCUGAACAAAUCAAAAUUCAAGUAGAGAAAUAAUUAUAGGAAGUAUAAUGGCUUUUCUAAUAUUAAGCAAAAUGAAAAGUAUUUAUAAGAUAGCGAAAAAGUUAAAGCUGUUCAAUCUGAAGUCAGAAACUAAUUGCAAGCCAAUGCUAUGGGAGAUAAAAGAUAAAAUGAACUUGAAAAGAUUAUACAAAAAUAAUGGGAAGAAUUAUAAAAAAGAGUAAUCCAUAUUUUACAUUUAUAUAUAGACUUAAAGAAUAUAAGUAUUACAAAACAAUAUGAAUAUCAUUUCAACCAAAAUACAAAAAUCAUAAAAGAGUGAACAUAUUUAUUAAAAAUUAAAAGAUGAAAACACUAUCUUAGCUUAAGAAAAUAUUUAAAUUAGAGAAAAAUUAAAUUAAUUAAUAACUGCAUUGCCUUAACAUAUGAAAAAAGGAAGUGUUAAAGGAAAGUAAAAAAAUAAAAAAGAAUUUUUGGAACUUUAUGAUGAAUCUAUUUGUUCAAAUUAAAUUAAACUAAGACAUCUAGAAUAAAUAAGAGAAGAACAUUAAUAAAAUAUUAAUACUUUACAUGUAAUCUAUUAAUCUAUUUUUUAGACUGAAAUACUUUAAUUGGAAGAAAAAUACAAUUAAAUGACACAAAAUGUUAAGAAUCUUUAAGAGUAAUAUCUAGAAAUCGAAUCAACUUGUAGAGAAUUUAAUGAAGAAGAGUAUGUCAAGAAGAAUUGCCCAAAUUAUUAUAAAGUUAAAAAGGGAAAAUGA